AGGAGUGUAUCCGGACGCUGCAGGCGGCAGGUUUCGGUGUUUGGGCUGCUGUUCCACCAUCGCGCGGCACUGAAGAUGCUGAGCUGCCGCAGCUGCCCUUGGAUCGCUUACCUUUUGAGACGCCAAUGGCCUUGCUCUUUGGCUCCGAGGCGCGUGGUGUUUCAGCGUCAGCGCUGUCAAUGUGCAACGGGCGGUUCACCGUGCCACUGAGCGGACUCAGCGAGAGUCUCAACGUCUCAGUCUGCGUGGCCGUGUGUGUCCACUAUGGUGCCCUACAACGGCGCAAGACGCUGGAGACUGGGCAGACCAGUGACAUGCGUGGCGAGGAGGUCAAUCAGCUGCUGGAGAGUUAUGCAGAUCGAUCCCUGGACCAUCAUUUUGCGGCCAAUUUGCGUUCUCAGCGCUCUUUGCAUCGAGCUGGAGUCCAGCACAGGUUGGAAGAGCCACGUGGCAAUGGCUAAGACUUGGCUCUGCAGCGCGGAAGAAAA